AUGAAAGUUCUAAUCUCUUCCCUCCUUCUGUUGCUGCCACUAAUGCUGAUGUCUGUGGUCUCUAGCAGCCCAAAUCCAGGGGUCGCCAGAGGCCACAGAGACCAACGCCAGGCUUCUGGGAGGUGGCUCCAGGCAGGUGGCCAAGAAUGUGAGUGCAAAGAUUGGUUCCUGAGAGCCCCUAAAAGAAAACUCAUGACAGUGCCUGAGGUGCCAAAGAAGCAGUGUCCCUGUGAUCAUUUCAAGGGCAAUGUGAAGAAAACCAGGCAUCAAAGGCACCACAGGAAGCCAAACAAGCACUCCAGAGCCUGCCAGCAAUUUCUCAAACGAUGUCAGCUAGCAAGCUUUGCUCUGCCUUUAUAG